AGGCCACCUGUGCUCCCCUUCCCGGGGCGUUCCGUGGGGCGUUCUGUGCCCAUUUGUGUCACUGCCCAGCCUGGGGCUGGCAUGGUGCUCUGCCCUGACUGUGGAGGGGCUUCUGGCAUCUCCUGGCACCCCCCCACAUCCUCUCACAUCCCCUGACAUCCCUCAACAUAUCCCAACAUCCCCCAAAAUUCCCUGGCACCCCAACAUCCCUCAACAUCCCCUGGCACCUGCCAUCACCCUUCCAUCCCCCAUCCCCUCGACAUCCCCAAGCCUUCAACAUCCCCAUCCCCUCGACAUCCCCAUCCCCUCGACAUCCCCAAACCUUCGACAUCCCCAAACCCUCGACAUCCCCAAACCCUCGACAUCCCCAAACACUCGACAUCCCCAAACCCUCGACAUCCCCAUCCCCUCAACAUCCCCAAACCCUCGACAUCCCCAUCCCCUCGACAUCCCCAUCCCCUCGACAUCCCCAAACCCUCGACAUCCCCAAACCCUCGACAUCCCCAAACUCUCGACAUCCCCAAACUCUCGACAUACCCCAUCCCCCGCACGACCGCCGGCGCCGCCUGCCGAGGGGCUGUGCCCGCGGGCUGCGCAGCUCUUAGCAGCAUUACGGCGCCGGUUGGCUAUUACGGUAACUGUCGCCAGGCGGCGGCGGUACCGGUGCUGGUGGGGGUAACGGUACCGGUGCUGGUGGGGGUAACGGUACCGGUGCUGGUGGGGAUAACGGUACCGGUGCUGGUGGGGGUGACGGUACCGGUGCUGGUGGGGGUGACGGUACCGGUACCGGUCGGGGUGCCGCUGGGGGUGCCGGUACCGGUACCGUUGGCGGUGCCAAGCUAUUGGCCCCACAACACUGAGUGCCCUGCCAGGAAGGUCCCAAUGCAGGGGACAGCUCACCUUUGUCCUUAGCUGAUGCAGGUGCCACUAUGGUUCCUGCGUCUCUCCAGUCACACUCCGAUGUCAGCCAGCCCAAGGAUUUCACUCGCAUCCUGCCGUUCCACCUGUCCAUGGCCAUCCUGGGGCUUUUGGAUCAAAAAUCCCUGGAUGCCUGUUCUUCUGUGAAUGGCCACUGGGAAUUCCUGGUCAGGCAGGUCCGGGAGGACCAGGAGUGUCGGAGUACAGUGCAGAAGGACCUCCUGCAGUUGCAGGAGUUGUGUCCUAGAAAAGCCAUUCCAAACUAUGCUAAAAGAGUCGAUGUGCAAAUUCCCCAGUUAAAUGAUGAGGGUGAGGUCGUUGAAGUGAAGGCCAAGGAGCAGACCAAGAGACAUAAAUCAAAGACAGAGGAUUUCAGUCUGCACGAGGCUUAUCGAGAACUGAAAACUCAAAAGAUCGAGCUGGAAGAGAGGAAUGUCUUUUGUGGCCCCUACAAGACCCGUGUGCUCUUGGAGCAACACGACAGGAGAAGGAGAACUCACUACAGAGGCGGGGACUGGGUGGCCGCUGGCAGCAGAGGCGUGAGGCUGCUGCGAGUGGCAGCAGGGCAGUGUGUGCCGCUGCUGCUGCACCGCGCUGGGCCCGUCCGAGCUCUGUCCCUCCGCCAGGACAAGGGGCUCCUGCUCAGCAGCACCAGCUUCGACCUCAGCUUCAGGUGCUGGAAUAUUCACAGCGGUGUCUGUGUGAGAACCUUCACGGGUCACUACGCCGCAGUCACCUGCCUGGACUCCCACCAGGAGCACGUUGUGUCCGGAGCCGGGGAUGGGAUGGUGAAAGUGUGGAGCCUGAAAAGUGGGAAUUGUCUCAGGACUCUGAUGCACAACAGCCCUGUGUGGGCAGUGAGGAUGGACGGGACCCAUGUGGUCAGUGGGGGUCACCAAGGGCUGGUGAAGGUCUGGAGUGCUGAGACAGGGGCUCUGAUCAAAACAUUAGAGAGGCACCAAGGCCCAGUUCUCUGCUUGUCCUUUGACCAGUGGCACCUCGUCACAGGGAGCAGUGAUGGAUAUGCCCUGGGAUGGAGCAUGCUGGGAAAAUUCAGGAGAUGCCUGAUAGCUUUCUUCCAUCCCAAGGAAGUCCUGUCCCUGGAGUUCCUGUACCUCAGAGUCAUCAGUGGCUGUGCUGAUGGACACAUUCGGAUUUUCAACUUCCUGACUGGAACCUGCCUCCGAGUGUUGGAGCCCAGCAGCAGCAGGGACCCCGUGUCUGAUCUCUACGUUGCAGGAAACAGGAUGGUGACCAACUCCCACAGCAGGCUGCUGGUGCUCCAGUUCGAGGAUGUGGUGUGGGACUACUCGCUACCCACUGACAGAGAGCUGCUGAAGAAGGAGAAGAAGCCCCGGAAGGGGAAGCGCCAAGGUGCCGGUGCAGAGCAGCAGCAAGCUCAGGACAAGUCACCAAAGAGCCGUGGAAGACCCAAAAGUGGUGAAGCUGAACAGGGCCCAGCUCCCCCUGCACCUGAGGAGGCAGAAGCCACGUUGGACCAUGAGCUGGCCCAGAGAAACCCAAGCCGUCCAAUGUCCCCUGACAAGUUCCUCCUAACAAUCGGCACCCUGCAGAGCUCCUGCAAGCCAGCCACAGCCAGCCCCACUCCUGAGCUCUCUGCAGAGCCCAGGGAGGUGCAGCAGCAGCGCCCUGGGCAGGUGCCAGUGGCUGAAGUGCCCUUGCAGCAGCAGCAGGAGCGGACAGUGCAGCUCAGGCGUGCCAGGCUGCACAGCCAUUCUCUCACCAUGACAAGAAUCUCCACACCCUUUGAAACCAAAAGGCUGCGGCUCAGGCUGAAGAACUCCUUGCAUGGCCCCGCUGUGAAAUCCUCCAUCCCUCCUCCCUGUCUUGUACGUCCCAAGUUUUGUGGUUUGCUGGGACAAAGGAAAAUUCCCAGGGGCCAUGGGAAAGGCACUCCUGGCCCCAAAGAUGGGGAUCAGGUCAUCGAUCUCUUCACAGCUUCUUCAGAGCUGAUCCAACCAACACCUGGCACGGCUUCACAGAUGAGGAAUGAAGCUCCCAGGAGAAUAAAACCCUUCUGUCCCCACAGCUCCCACAGGGACAGUGGGCUCAGGCUCCUGACAGCAGAGCAGGAGGUGUGGGAGGCAACUGUGGCAGCUCAGCAUCAGGCACAGCAGGCAAAGCCCACGGAAGAGAAAGAGCGAGCCAGAAGGAAAGCCUGGCUGAGGAAAAUCAAAGGCCUACCUGUGGAUUCUUUUACUGGGGAGAGCAAAACACCUGCCCCAGAACUUGGGCAUAACACAUUUAUCUGAGGUGAUCCCUGAGUCCAACCAGCAGCCAUGACCUGGGAUUCUGGUGUCCAGCUGAGUCUGCCAUGUGGCUUUAAGUAUAAAAUACAGAUAUAUUCAAUUAUAAAUAUUUAAGUAUAUUUAGUAUAUUCCCUGUGGCUUUUAGUGUAAAACACAUCCCCAGUGUAAUUUUUCCUAAGAAAUGCUGUUGCUAUAUUCAGCUAUUUCACAAGGCAGUGAAUUGACUGAGCUCUUUCCUGGAUUUCAAUCCCCAAACCUGCUGAUCUUACUGACAUGGCACUGUCUGAUACCAACAUAGCUCAGGACAGGCUCAGCUCUGUGAGAAUAAUAAUAAAAAAAUAUCUUAGCAGA